AUGGCCACUAUAUCUCUAUCUGCUACGCCUGCCCCAAUCGCGGCCAUGGCCUCACGGCGGGUGCCGCUGGCAAGUAACCCCAAUGUUGCAAACUCGCCUUUGAGAGGCCACGCAUCUCUCCACGCCUAUGCAAAGCAGAAGCGGUCCUUUGCCAAUAUCCAACGCGAAGAAGCCUACGGCCAACCCCCGCCAGUCAAGAAGCAGGCUCUCGAGAAUGGGGCCCAGCGUGCUGUCCGCUCACCAUCCAAGGCCGCCCGUCACCCACCAGUGUUGGUGCAGCGUUCCGCCGCCCGCCCAGCCCUGAAGGACCGAUCCAGCAAGUCGUCGACACAGCCUGCUUCACGUCCAGUGCAGCAUGUCGACACCGAGAGGGAGGCUUGGAAAAAGCAUCACCGGACCAAGUUUCCUAAAAUGGUGUUUUACUUUGAGAGCAUACCUGAUGAUGUCCGAGCAAAGUUGACCAAGCGAGUCACCUACCUGGGCGCUCGCCAAGAGCCCUUCUUCUCCAUUGACGUUACUCAUGUUGUAACAACCCGUGCGAUACCUCCCGAGAAGCCUGAAAUCGGUCACGAAGAGAACCCGGAGCCUGAGCAUCAAGGAGCUGGAGAGCAGCCUCAAACCAUCAACCCCUCUCUGCUGGAUCGAAACAAGGUUGCCGCUCGGCGUAAGCUUCUUUUUGACUUUCGGCAGACGCUUACGCCAUCGCACCAGAAUGAUGACCCUGCUCGACGGACAAGAGGAGCCCGCAACAAUGACGUUCUCCACAAGGCUAGAGAGAUGGGCAAGAAAAUCUGGUCCCUGGACAAGUUCCAGAACAUGCUGUCGGUGCUGUUGGAGUCGGAACAACCUGGUAACUUGUCCAUCAAGGCAAGCUGUUCCCGAAGUCAUUACGGAAUCACAAAGGGGCCACAUGAACCGAAUCUACUUCAACUGCUGCAUAAUGAGCGAAUCAAUGGGCCGUCGGACCGCGACCCUACCGCCAUCAACCGUGAGCUGGUCUACUUCAAGGGGCCUUAUAUCUACGUCUGGGACAUGGACGAGAAGUACAAGCCCAUCAUGGUUCGGGAGUAUGCCAAAGUCGUCCACAAGAUGGAUGGUGAAUGGCCUCAAUUCCGCAGUGUGGGCAACGGACGGUGCCCGUUUGUGGAAGAAGUUGAGCUGCCCGACAAGGAGCAAGGCCACACUCGCGAGCGAGAGAAGGCUCGUGUUGUCAAGCGAGACGACGCAGUUCCUACGCUGAAACCGCCGGAGGUUCCCAUGCCAAAGCCCGUUACCGGAAAGCGAACCUUGACAGAGAUGGAAGACGGCCACAAUCGUGUCGGACCAGCCGCUGCGGCAGACGUUUUCAACCCGGCCAAGGCUGCUCUUUCAAAGCAGAUGGAACUGAGGCCCCAGAACGCCUUCACCAGCCGUGCGGAAAGCGCUAGGCUGCUUGCUGGCGAACCUGUUGCUUCGGGUAUGCAGCCGUCCAACGUGACGUCGGCCAUUCGCUCCCAGAUGAUUUCCUCCACUUCUGGCAUCAAUGGUGGCAAGGCUGGAACAAGCAAAGAGGUCCAUGGCCUGCAAAGGAAGGUGCUGCAAAAGACGAAUGCUGGGUCCCACGAUGUCAGUUCUCGCCGCCUUGCUGAAGUCUCCAUAGACGUUGCAUCUAGUCGAUCGACAAACAUGGGCCGCCCCACGUCUAGACCUGUUCAACCUCUCGAGGACGAAUCCCAAAGAACGGAUGGAAGGGACAAGAGGUCAUCCGCCCCACCGCUCAAAAGCAAGCGGGAUCUAAAACCAGGCUAUUGUGAAAACUGCCAGGACAAGUUUAGAGACUUUGACGAGCACAUCAUGUCGCGAAAGCAUCGCAAAUUUGCUGACAAUGACGAGAACUGGGCCGAGCUCGAUCACCUACUCGACCAGCUCAAGCGUAUGCCCAAGUAUGGUCCGGGUGACUCUGACGACGACGAUGGUUGGUGA